AUGACGCACGACAAUCUGAUGAACAACUACUGCAACCCCAACUCGGUGUACAUAGAAGAGGAUUUCAGACGUCACUUCCAAAUGAGGCGUCAUAUCUUCGAGCGUUUACUUCACGAUGUCCAACAUAUCAAUCUAUACUUUCUACAGAAGCUGGACAAAGCAGGUUGCUCUGGUUUCUCACCUCAUCAGAAGGUUACUCCUGCACUCCAAAUGCUGGCCUAUGCCUUUCCAGCUGAUGCGAUGAAUGAUACAUAUGCUGUUCUUUACAAAGAGGAGUACCUUCGUGAACCAAAUCAAGAAGAUUUGGAUCGGUUUCUUCAUAAAGCUAAAGACCGUGACUUUCCGGGCAUGAUAGGGUCAUUAGAUUGCAUGCAUUGGCAGUGGAAGAACAAUCCCAUCGGAUAG